CGAGAAGCCAUGAAUUCUAAGCAGCAGACAGUGCGACUAAGUGAUGGUCACUUCAUCCCUGUACUGGGGUUUGGUACCUAUGCACCUCGAGAGGUACCUAAGAGUAAGGCUCUAGAAGCCACCAAAAUAGCUAUAGAUGCUGGUUUCCGCCAUAUCGAUUCUGCUGCUGUGUAUCAGAAUGAAAAGGAAGUAGGACUAGCCAUCCGAAGCAAGAUUGCAGACGGUACUGUGAAGAGAGAGGACAUAUUUUACACAUCAAAGGUUUGGUGUACUUUUAAUCAUCCAGAACGGGUGCAGGUCUGCUUGGAACAGUCACUGAAGCAGCUCCAGUUGGAGUACGUGGAUCUGUACCUCAUCCAUUUCCCAAUGGCCCUGAAGCCGGAAGAGGAUCUUAAGGCAAAAGAUGAGAAUGAAAAAUUAUUAUUUGAUGUAGUGGAUAUCUGUGACACCUGGAAAGCCAUGGAGAAGUGCAAGGAUGCAGGAUUGGCCAAGUCCAUUGGGGUGUCCAACUUUAACCGCAGGCAGCUGGAGAAGAUCCUGAAUAAGCCGGGGCUCAAGCACAGGCCUGUGUGCAACCAGGUAGAAUGUCAUCCUUAUCUUAACCAGAGAAAACUUCUGGAUUUCUGCAAGUCUAAAGACAUUGUUCUGGUUGCUUAUAGUGCUCUGGGAAGCCACCGUGAAACAAGAUGUGUGGACAAGAGCCUUCCUGUUCUUUUGGCUGAUCCAGUUCUUUGUGCCAUAGCCAAGAAGUACAACUGGACUCCAGCCCUGAUUGCCCUUCGUUAUCAGCUGGAGCGUGGGGUUGUGGUCCUGGCUAAGAGUUUCACUGAGAAGAGGAUAAAAGAGAAUAUGCAGGUUUUUGAAUUUCAGUUGACUUCAGAAGACAUGAAAGUCCUUGAUGGCCUAAAUAAAAAUAUCCGUUACAUGAGUGGUUCUAGAUUCCAGGGCCACCCUGAUUUUCCAUUUUUGGAUGAAUAUUAACAUGGAGGUCUGUGUUAUGCUUUAUGCCAGAAGUCACUGCAUGAAAAGAGUAUAGAGGAUGGGUCCUCUCAAAAAGUGAUGAUUACAUAUCACUCUAAUCCAUGCUUAUGAGCAAUUCUGCUUCUACUGAAUCUACAAGCAAGGAAGCAAAAACUGUUUAUUUCUCCUUUCUGAAAAAUAAAAGAAUCAUUUUCUUUAGCA